GCGGGGGCGCUGUUUUCCAUUUUGGAAGCACAGCGUUUGAGAAUCUGGAGUAGAAAAAUCUGUUUUUCACUUUAGCUUCGUAUAAAGUAACAUGCUUACUUACUCUAAUGCAAAAUGUUGAUCAGGUCGUGAUAUCUGAAUAAUCUGAUCUAUUCCCGAACGGCUCUUCCACUUCUAUCUUUAUCACAUACACUUGCUUUCGGCCAUGAGGGGAAAUCGUCAGUACUAAGACAGCAUGCAAACUCCGAAACAAGAUCAUUAUUUUAUAAAACCUCCUGUUAAAUGAUAAUGAAAAAAGUGAAAUUUAGGACGCAAUUGUAGACUAGCCCUUUACAAGAAGUGAAGGUUUUAUUAUUAUUAUUACACGCACUUAUUUGACGACGGUCCCUAAAACUGUCAAUCGCGUUUCCGUGGAAGUUUGCGGUAGCUCAGCAACAGGGGACGCCGCGGUAGCAGAAUUCCGCCGUUUAUUUUUGUACGACCGCCAGUGGUGGCGACUCUCCGGGUACCUCUGGGGUGUGCUUCCAUGGUACUGGAUGGCGCUGAUGAUGUGUCCCCCCACGGUGAUGCUUUACGGACUAUGACAGCAGGCAACCGGAGGGUCUGCCGGCGCGGACAAGCACACUGCUUUGGACGCUGCUUUCCGACUGCGCUGGCAAGUUAGUCUCUGGGCUCUCAUCGUGCGUGGCAGUGGUGCGUUACGGAAGAAUAAAAACUUCUGUAUCGAAAAGGACGUUUCAUGUAUAAAAAAAGUGUAUUAUCCAGCAAGGACGGGGAUCAUUGCACUGAUAAGUAUGACUUAAAUUAUAACAUUGACGCACAUAGCUAUAGCAGAUAAAAAUCAGAUAGCUAUGAUUUUAUCACGACUGAAAGACAAAUAAUUUUUUUACAUUACAUUUUACAUCUGCACUACUGAUGGCUUCCGAGUCGGUUAAGGUGGUGGUCAGGUGCCGACCCAUGAAUGACAGGGAAAGGGCGCUGAGCUGUAAGGCGGUGGUGUUGGUGGAUUCCGACCGGGGCCAGUGCUUCAUAGAGAAGCCCGGAGCGGCUGAGGAGCCGCCCAAACAAUUCACCUUCGAGGGAGCCUACUGCCCCCAGCACACCACCGAGCAGAUGUACAACGAGGUCGCCUACCCGCUGGUGGAGGGGGUGACGGAAGGUUACAACGGGACCAUAUUUGCCUACGGACAGACGGGCAGCGGCAAGUCCUUCACCAUGCAGGGUGUCGCCGAGCCGCCCGCCUACCGGGGGGUGAUUCCCCGAGCCUUUGAACACAUCUUUGAGACAAUACAGUGUACAGAGAACACCAAGUUCCUUGUGAGAACGUCUUAUCUGGAAAUUUACAACGAGGAAGUCAGGGACCUCCUAGGCAAUGACACCAAACAAAAAAUGGAGCUGAAGGAGCACCCAGAGCAUGGCAUCUAUGUCCGGAACCUGUCCAUGCGGACCGUGCAUAGUGUCACAGAGUGCGAGCGGCUGAUGGAACAGGGCUGGCGCAAUCGCUCCGUGGGCUGCACCCUAAUGAACAAGGACUCGUCCCGCUCUCACUCCAUCUUCACCAUCCACAUGGAGAUCUGCAGCACUGAUGCGGUUGGUGAAGGCCGACUGAGAGCUGGGAAGCUCAACCUGGUGGACCUGGCGGGCAGCGAGAGGCAGUCCAAGACCGGCGCGAUGGGAGAGCGUCUGCGUGAGGCCACUAAGAUCAACCUGUCUCUGUCGGCGCUGGGCAACGUCAUCUCGGCCCUGGUGGACGGCCGCUCCCGUCACGUUCCCUACCGGGACUCCAAGCUGACACGCCUGCUGCAGGAUUCGCUUGGGGGAAACACUCGAACCCUUAUGGUGGCCUGUCUGUCACCUGCUGACAACAACUACGAGGAGAGCCUCAGCACCCUGCGCUACGCCCACCGUGCCAAGAGCAUCCAGAACCGGCCGCGCGUCAACGAGGACCCCAAGGAUGCCUUGCUUAGAGAAUACCAGGACGAAAUAAACUAUCUGCGCACCCUCCUUUCGGGGCAGCUGGGGGGGUCAAACAUCCCGUCAUUGCUGGCUGGCGCGAAGUCUGAAGGCCCUCCUGCCUCCAGAAGUGAAGCAGAGAAGGAGAGGAUGAAGCAGGACUACGAAGAGAAGCUGGCCAGGCUGCAAGCAGAAUACCACGCGGAGCAGGAGUCCAACGCCAAACUUCAGGAGGACAUUGUCACGCUCCGCACCUCUUAUGAGGCCAGGUUGUCAGGCCUGGAGAAGCUCGGCGUAAUGAAAGCCAUUAACAUUAACAAAGGGAACGCUGGCAGCAGUGUGUCUGCUGAAGAGGAGGAGUGUCAACCCGAAACAGCUGCCUCACAGGCAGUCACGGCUAUGGAGCAUUCCUUGGCUCAAGUGUCCCAGCCUGAAGUGGCUCAGCAGGUUAGUAGCGUCCGGGAGGACCCAGAGGGCACGGCACACAGGGGGAUCUCUCCGGUCAGCACCACUGGUGCACUCGAGCAGAAACACGCCCUGAAGAGGCUCCAGCAGCUGGAGCAGGAGUUCGUGGGUGGAGAAGAGGCCCGGAAUGAGGACCUUCAGCGGAGGCACCGGCAGAGGAAGCGUCUGGCUGACCAGAGGAAGAAGCAGCUGGCUGAGGCGAUGGCCGAGGGCACGGAGGACACAGACGGCGUGCUGCUCCGCGUCUACGACUCCAUCCAGGAGGAGGUGCAUGCCAAGAACCGGCUGCUGGAGGCGACGCAGGGAAAGCUAAAGGCGGCGCGUCUGGAGAUCCGCGACCUUCAGAGGGAGUUCGAGCUGGAGCGCGAUGACUACCUGGCCAACAUCCGCAGGCUGGAGCGUGAGGCCCAGCUGCUGCAGGGAAUCCUGGAACGUGUGCUCCCCCUGGUCCGGCGCGACUGCAACUACAGCUGUGUCGAGCGGCUCCGCAAGGAGGCAAUGUGGGACGAGGACAGCGCCACCUGGAGGUUGCCAGAGGUGGUGGUGCAGAAAACGGUCCUCCCGUCAAUGCCCACAGCACAAACAACUGGCAGCCAAAGCCGACUACCAGCUGUCAGGACUGCUGUUGCAGACAAUGGGGAAUCAUUUGCACAGUCUGCACAGGAAGAGGACCGUUAUAAGGAGCUGUUGAGUCGCAGCAAUAGCGAGAACAUCGCCAGCAACUACUUCAAGUGCCGGAGGGCCAGUGAGCUGCUCGCCACAGAACCCAAGAAGAGCGUCGCCACCCACUCAGCGCCACUCAGCAACGGGACAUCCCUUGUCGUCUCUGCCCAGCCUGCGGAAUCUCAGCCGCCACGCCCUUUCCGCCUGGAGUCCCUGGGAUUGGACACUGCGUCGCUCAACAGCAGGGUGAAGCGUAAGAAAAGCCGAACGCACAUCCCUCGCAACGGAAGCUAAGCCCUGAAUGUGGCCCAGUGAGUAAAACCAUGAUGAAGUCUUCCCAUAAUCCUCAGCGGGGAGUUCAGCCCAGUACCAGGAAGUGUGGGAUCACUCUCCAGUUCUGUCUGGCAUGAAGUAUAAGCUCCUCUACUGAGGCGAGUAAUUUAGACAAAUUUAGGCGAGUAUAAAAAAAAAAACACUAGCCUUCUGACCAGUAAAAAAUAUAUAGCAUAGCAGCCCAGUUGGUAGUAAAAAUGCAAAAAAGGUUCAUCUCUGGUUAUGACUCGUAUUACACCUUCCAGUUUACAUGUCUGUAUUUUUGCUAUAUACUGUACAAAACAUUAUGAAAUUCACCAUGAAUGAGUCUUAAUAAAUCAUAUUAAUGAACAACAGAAACCGAAGGACAUUAGCAAUUUAAUAUCACAUUUUUAAUCGAUUCCCUGUAUCUGGAAAUGCCUUGGCUCGUUUUCAAAUUGCAAACGGUUAUUAAAUAAUAAGGCUGUUUGGUAGCUACCAUUUGAUGAAAGCAUCGUUACGGUUAUCAGCUUGUAUGCUGCGCUAGGCUGGAUUUUUAUGUUAUACUUAUUAUUAAAACGGGAGCCAAA